AUGUUUGUUAAAAGAUCUGAUAUACCUUAUUUAAUUUUUGCAUCUUCUUUGAUGGCCGGCUCAGCAGUUGCUACUCCUUUACAGACGGUAAUGUAUGGUAAUAUUUUUACUAAGUUAAGUGAUUUAUUUACAGGAAAGAUAGACACAGUUGGAAGCUUUAUCCAACAAGUAAGAUUAUUAGCGGGAGCAAUUAUGAUUAUAGGAGCUUGUAAAAUGAUCUUUACAUUUCUUGGGGUUUACUUUUGGAUGAAAUUCGGUGAACAACAACAGACUAGAGCUAGAAAUGCAUUAUAUGCACAAAUAUUUAAAAGAAAAAUUGAAUGGUAUGAUACUACAGAUAAUUUAAUGGGAGAAGUUUCUCAAGUGAACCGUUGUGUAGAAGAAUUAAGAGCUGGUUGUGCUGAAACAACAGGUUUAUUUGUUCAAUGUAUAGCUUCAAUCAUUGCCUUAUUAAUUACUUCAUUAUAUCACUCAUGGUCAUUGACAUUAGUUAUUAUGGCUAGUUUCCCAGUUAUGGCCUUUGUAGGUUGGUUCUUUGGAAAAUUAACUUAUACCAAUCAGGAAAAGGAGAAUGAAAUGACAGCUAAAGCUUCAAAAGUUUUAGAUUGGACUUUGGUUUAUGGUAAUGUUGUUAGGCUUUUUAAUGGGAAAUAUAUUGAAAUGGUCAAAUUUGGUAAAUUAGUGGAUGCAUCUGCCGAAUACUUUUAUAAACUUUCAAAUGCAAUUGCUGCAAAUGGAGCACUUCUAAGAUGCUUAUCACUUUUAAUGUUUGUACAAGGGUUUUGGUUUGGUAAUACCAUGAUUAGACUUGGAAAAUUAGAGAUUAACCAAGUAUUUACAUGUUUCAGUUCAUGUCUAAUGCUUGGAUCGUCAGUUUCAGAAUUGGGUCAAAUUUUAGCUACAUUGAACAAAGCCCAUGCAGCUGCUGGUAAGAUUGAUAUUUUCCUUGACCCUUCUAACAACAUAAAGCAAUCACCAUUACUAUAUCCCAAUAGAUGUUAUGGACAAAUAGAGUUCAAAGAUGUUAAAUUCAGAUAUGCAAGUAGACCUGAGUUUGUUUUGAAAGGUACUUCUUUUAAAUUGAUGGCAAAUGAGUUAAACUUCAUUAUUGGUCAAUCUGGUAGUGGGAAAUCAACUGUUACCCAUCUCUUGAUGCAGUUAUAUACCCUUAAUUCAGGAGAAAUACGUGUUGAUGGUUUUGAUAUAUCAAAUAUUAGUCAAAAGUGGUUAAGUGAUAAUAUUACUUUGGUUCUACAAAAUCCUGUAAUUUUCAAUAGAUCAUUUAAAGACAAUAUUGGACUUUCUGUGAUUAAUAGGUUUGACUCUUUAAAGGAUAUUCCCGAUUUACUAAUUAAUGAUGCUAUAAACUUUUCAUUAUUGGAUGAAGUUGUUGAUAAUUUAGAACAAGGUUUAGAUACCAAACUUUCACAGACACUUUUAUCUGGUGGUCAACAACAAAGAUUAGCCAUAGCUAGAGCUAAAAUCAGAGAUACCCCAAUCCUUAUUCUCGAUGAAGCCUUUAGUGCUCUUGAUAAUGAGAAAAGACAAAUCUUAUUUUCAAGAAUUAAAAAGUGGAGAACUGGGAAGACUACAAUUAUUAUUACUCACGAAUUUAGUCAGAUUGAACCAAAUUAUUAUACCGUAUUAAUUGAAAGUGGAAUAGUCAAGCAACAAGGAGAAUUCCACACAAUUAAAGAUGUUGUUUAUAAGGAGAAGACUAUUGUAAAGCCUUCUACAGCGGAUGUGAAACGCAAACGAGCAAACAGAGAAUCAGUUUACGAUUUCAUUUCCAAUCCUGUGAUUUUAAAGGAUCUUGAAAAGCUUAGCAAUUCAGAUGGUAAAGAAGAGGAACCAGUUCUUGGGAUUAUUGCCAUAUUGAAGUAUUGUCAGAAGACAAUGCAGAGAAAGGAUCUAAUAUUCAUGGGCUUAUUCUUUUCAGUCCUAGCUGGGAUAGCCAAUCCAGUUUUCUCAUUUUGCUUUUCGCAGCUAUUGAAUAACAUGAUGAAUACUUCUAUAGGAUUACAUGUCACUUCCGCAUUAGUUCAAUGGUCAUGUAUUGUGAUUGGUAUAGCAGUAGCCACUGGUUUGGUGAAUUAUUUGGCUCAAUACAUUCUAGCAAUAGCUGGAGAGAAAUGGAUAUUAUAUCUUAGAAAAUUAUGUUUCACAAGGAUUAAUGAACAGGAUAUGAGCUACUUUGGACUUGAUAACACUAAACCUGCUGAAAUUACUGCCCUUUUAAUGAAUGAUACUCGUGAUUUGAGAGCAUUGGUUACUCAGUUCAUUUCAGUUAUUAUUAAUUUGAUUGUUAUGUUAUUAGUAGGGGUUAUUUGGUCAAUGGUUUUAGGUUGGAAGUUAUCAUUAGUUGGACUUUCAUUUGUAGUAUUAACUUUAUUAAUAACCAGAGUUUAUGGUAUGCUUUUACAAUCUUCAGAGCACAAGUAUAAAACAAGUAUAGCCACAUUGGAAAAUCAUAAUCAUGAAACUGUUAGCUCGAUAAAGUCGAUUGUACUGCUUAAUUUGAGUAAGUAUUUUAAAGAUGAAUUUGAACAAUUUAUCUAUGAGGUUAAUAACAAUGCCACCAUAAGAGCUAUACAUACAGGUAUGGGAUUGGCAUUGUCUGAUCUUUGUAAUGCGAUUGCAACAGGUGUGAUUCUUUAUUAUGGUAUGGUAUUGGUAGGUAAUCAAGAGUAUACAAGAAGUCAAUUAUUAGAAGUGGUUACUGUUUUAACUCUAACCUUGACUAAUGCAGGGGGAUUAUUAAAUCAAUUUCCAGAAAUUGCAAGAGGUCAAAGAGCAGGAACAUUCAUAAUUAAAUUAUUAGAGUUAGAUUCCUCUAAAGUUGAGAAUGAUGGAGAUAUAAAGCCAAUUAGACUAAAGGAACCAGUGAUAUGUUUUAGAAAUGUAGAUUUCUCCUACUCCGGAACAACUCGAGUAUUAAGAAAUGUAUCAUUUAAUAUUCAUAAGAAUGAAACUAUUUGUCUUCUUGGAGGUUCAGGAAGUGGGAAGUCUACUGUCACAUCUUUAUUGACAAGAUUAUAUGGUGGGUACAAUGGGAAUAUUUAUGUAUCUAAUUUUGAUAUUAAUGAAUUGGAUAUAGAUUGGUUGAGAGAAACCAUAAGUGUUGUACCACAAUUUCCAAGGUUCUUUGAAGGAACGAUGAAAGAGAAUUUACUAUAUGGAAUUAGUCCUCAACAACAAGUUACUGAUGAGAAUAUUAUUGAAGUAUUAAAAGUAGUAAAUAUGUUUUCUUAUGUAGUUUCACUUCCAGAUGGGUUAAGUACUAAAAUUGGAGAAGGUAUGAAUUCACUUAUGUCUGGAGGUCAAUUACAAAGAUUAGCAAUUGCUAGAGCUCUUAUUAGAAAUCCUAAGAUUUUAAUUAUGGAUGAAUGUACUUCUAAUUUAGAUCCAGACAAUAAGAAAAUGAUUGCUGAAUUAAUCCGUGAUAAACUUGUCAAUAAAUAUACUAUAUUAUUGAUAACUCAUGAUGUUGAAAUGAUGAAGUUUUCAAGAUCUAUAGUAUUAAAUCAUGGACAUAUAGUAGAAGAAGGUAAUUAUGAUGAACUUUACAAUAAAAAAGGUGAAUUAUAUAAAAUCACAAAUGGUUUAAUCUAG